CACACACAAACGUAAAGCAAAAGCUCACAAAAGUCAAGUCCUGCGACCUGAUCUACAACCACAAAAAAGGGGCAUAUACUACUUAUACCUUGCAAAAAUGUUCGCCGUCAGGACCGCUCUCCGAACUCAGACCUCGGUCGCCUCCAGGGGUUACGCUACCGCCGCCAAGGCUCAGAGCCUCAAAGAGCGUCUCGCCGAGCUCAUCCCCAAGGAGAUCGAGAACGUCAAGGCCGUCAGGGCUGCUCAUGGACACAAGUCUUUCGGCGAGGUCACCGUCGACCAGGCUUACGGUGGUAUGCGAGGAAUCAAGGGAAUGAUCUGGGAAGGAUCCGUCCUCGACUCUGAAGAGGGUAUUCGAUUCCGAGGAAUGACCAUUCCCGAGUGCCAGGCCGCUCUCCCCACCGCUGAAGGUGGCUCCGAGCCCCUCCCCGAGGCCUUGUUCUGGUUGUUGGUCACCGGAGAGGUCCCCACUCAGGAACAGGUUAAGGGAUUGUCCGCCGAGUGGGCCGCCAGGGCCACCCUGCCCAAGUUUGUCGAGGAGUUGAUCGACAGGUGCCCCAACACUUUGCACCCGAUGAGUCAGUUCUCGUUGGCUGUCACUGCUCUCAACCACGACUCGGCCUUCGCCAAGGCUUACGCCGAGGGUACCCACAAGAGGGACUACUGGAAGACCACCUACGAGGACUCUAUGGACCUCCUCGCCAAGCUCCCCGUCGUCGCCGCCAGGAUCUACCAGAACGUCUACGGUAACGGCAAGGUCGCCGCCAUCGACCCUUCCAAGGACUGGUCCGCCAACUUUGCUACCAUGCUCGGAUACGGUGACAACGCCUCGUUCGUCGAGUUGAUGAGGUUGUACAUGACCUUGCACUCGGAUCACGAGGGUGGAAACGUUUCGGCCCACACCGGUCACUUGGUCGGUUCCGCCUUGUCGGACCCCUUCCUUUCUUACGCCGCCGCUUUGAACGGUCUCGCCGGUCCCCUGCACGGUCUUGCCAACCAGGAGGUCUUGAGGUGGAUCCAGAAGAUGCAGUCCCAGAUCGGAGAGGACGCCACCGACGCCCAGGUUGAGGAGUACUGUUGGGAGACCUUGAAGACCGGUGUCAUUCCCGGAUACGGUCACGCCGUCUUGCGAAAGACCGACCCCCGAUACACUUCGCAGAGGGAGUUUGCGCUCAAGCACAUUCCGGAUGACAAGCUCUUCAAGCUCGUCGCUCAGGUCUACAAGAUUGCGCCCAACGUCUUGUUGAAGGCUGGAAAGGCCAAGAACCCCUGGCCCAACGUCGACUCGCAUUCCGGAGUCUUGUUGAACGCCUACGGAUUCUCCCAGCAAAACUACUACACCGUCCUCUUCGGUGUCUCGCGAGCUCUCGGUGUGACCGCUCAGCUCAUCUGGGACCGAGCUCUCGGUAUGCCCUUGGAGAGGCCCAAGUCGUUCUCGACCGAGGCCAUCAAGAAGAUGUUUGCCGACAAGGCCUAGACGCAGGACGCGUACGCAGAUGUGGUGUGAUCGGUCUUUGAUAGAUAUGAAAUACAUUUUGAUACCGCA